AUGUACAAUUGUACAUCCACAACAGGGGUUUUGCUGAACAAUGAUGUGGCGUUUUGUUGUGUAGACACCGGACCUAAUUGUUGCAACAAUCAGACCGAGGUUUUUGUUGCAAACGAUUGGGACUUUAAAGCAUCUGCGGCUGAGGCCGCGACAACAAGAGGGACAGCGACUUCGUUGACUGUUGCUAAGACAUUGACAACUUCGUCAUCGAGCUCGUCUUCAGGCUCGUCUUCAAGUUUAUCAACGACUGGAUUGUCUUCGUCGGAUUUCUCGACACCUCUGUCACCAGCUGCUUCGAAAUCGACAUACGGAAUCUCGAGCGUGAUCACAACCACGGAAGGAAAUAAAAACGUACCCACCAAUAGCAUAGCUACGCCUGUACCCGCAUCAACGAACGCAGCACCAGCAGAUUCUUCAACGUCGAAAAGAGAUUGGACAGGCAUAGGUAUCGGAGCAAGUGUUGGCGCAGCAGUUCCUCUCCUCGCCUUGAUAGUCGUCGGUAUCUUUCUCUGGCGCCGUCAUCGCCGGCGUCGUUCAAUGUUCGAAUCACCUUCAACGAGCGGUUAUUCUGGAGAUAGUGCUUCGACAGGAACUACCAAGGAGUCGCUGAUACGCAGUGGUAAGCCUGAGCAUCUCAAGGCGUAUGAGGCAGGUGGGGUGCAGACAUACGAACUAGAUUCUGUGCGUGACAGGGCAGAAUUGCCGCUUAAGAGCCCUAGAGAGUUGCCUGGAUCAGAGGGGGAGAGGCAGAGAUACCAGGCAGUACAACUCCGAGGCCAUAGUAAUCCUUAUCAGCCGGCGUGA